UAGAAAUCUCGUAAUUUGAGUUUUGUUUUCUUUCGUUCCUUUCAUUCCAUUACAGUACAAACUGACCGAAUUCUCUGUAACACUGAUAUGACAAAGGAAAUGAAUUGCAGCGUUUUAGAAUUGACAGAGUUUAGGGUCUUAUUAAAUUAUUUGUCAUUUGGUUCCCUUGACGCUGCUCAAUGCAAAGAUCGCAUUUAGUUCCGUCAGCUGAAAACGCUUUGUGAUUCGAAAUGUUUCAUUGACAAUAUCUUUGCCAAUUAGAUUGCUUUCUCAAGUUAUUCAAUUCACAACUUGGAAUGCUCAUUUCCACCACUUUCACAUAUAGUUACAACGCCGGUAUCACAGCUAUGACUUUCGAGGGCCGUGGUUGGGGACAUAUUUUCUGCUGUAUGGGGUUUAGGAAUGAGAGCGAUUUUGAAUGAGACAACUGUCCAAGAGUCUGCCCAGAAUGUUCAGAUUUUUAUAUGUAUCUAAACAAAUUAAACGAAAGGAAUGAAAUAUUCACAGAGUAUCUUGACAGAGUUUAAAACCCGGCUAUCACAGAUAUUAGCCAUUUAAAAUUUAAAUCACUCGACCGCUAAGCCCUACAUAAAUCUUCAUUGACAUUUUAUAUAAGAUACAGGAUUAGAGGCUGUCAAAGAUUAAGCAUUGUUCAUCGGUUAUCGAGUGUCCAGGAAUUUAUAUGUGCUAUAUACUUUAGAGGCGGCUGUUACGUAUCUGACAAAUGCCAACCCACGCACCAGAUAUCUUCCCUGAAAGACGCCGCCAUUACAUCUUAAUCAAAGAAGACCGUUUAAAGUUACCAACGUGCACUAACUUUCGCAGACGCCGCAAGAAAUGGAAAAUUAGCUCGAAAGGUGCCACUUAGUAGCACUGACCAAAAGCCUGUAGAUAAAUAAACAAUAGCCUCCAUUUAGCACGAAAAUAUGCUCGUAUAUGUCCGCGGGCAUUAUCUGUUGCGAACAGAUUUCCGAGAGCGUAGCUCGAUGAAAACCGUUCGCUUCUCGUAACAGAUAAUGUUCAAGGACAAAUACCUCAGCAUAUUUUCGCGCCAAAUGGAGGCUAUUGUGUUUAUUAUCAUUCAAAUAUUUUCUCGCAGCACGUACUCGUAUAUUACCCAGUUUUAGCUAGGACAUAUUCUGUCACGUCACGAAUUUAAACCAAUCGCCUGCGAGCGAAAAUAUUUGAUGGAUUAUGUUGCGAUAGUACCACUAAAAUCAUAAUAUUACCAGCAAGCAAACCUAACAGAAAUUGCAAAAUAUUAACUAAUUAUGAUCCCUCAUGUCACCAUUGUGUUUGUGUUCAUUGCAGCUUAAAACAAUGCAGUUAAGAGCCACUUGCUUACUGCUGUUCACCAUCACUGCAGGCUCGGCAGGACGGCUUUUUCGGAGAGCAGAAACCAAUGAUGAACAAAAUACAGUGGAUAUGUCUCUGAAAGAUUUAGCAGAAGCUGAGAACCCCAUCAAUAUGCGUGGUUACUCAGGCGUGUGCAAUGUCAAUUACGUAAAGAUUGGAUGCUUCAAAGAUAAGAAAAACGACCGGGCACUUUCACAGGAACUCUUUCAAGAUUUAAGUUCAGGCGAUCCCAAUUACAGUGGAGAAAAUGUGGAUUGGAGCGACUACAGUAUAUAUCUUAGAGGGCUAGCAUGUCGCUGCGCCGAAAGCAGUCAACAGAACGGCUUUACCUACUUCGGUCUCCAAGACUAUGGGCGAUGUUUCAGUGCACCGCAUGCCGCCUCCAGUUACAACAUGCACGGAAGCUCAAACAGGUGUUCAAACCAACACUACCAGAGCUGUGACGACCAUGCGUGGGGCGAGUGCGUGGGGAAAGCUAAAGACGUGAACUACGUGUACGAAAUUGUCGAAGCGAGCAGUGCUGACGGAGAGAUCAGUUAUGGUAAACCGGCAUACGACCAGAAGGAUUAUGAAACCCAAAAUCGAGAGAAUUAAAUAAAAGUUGGUCUGUUUGUAAGAGAUACUCAUUCUUCGGUGUGGUGUUGCUUCGCUUUGUAAUGGAUGAAAUGUAACUGUCUAGAUUUGCAAAGCAAACCCGCUUUGUAUUUAUGACUUUCAUGAGGUAAUUGUUACAUGCAUUUAAAACGGAGUCUAGCUGUUUUAACAUUGCGCGGUUGCGCUGUGAUGACAGCACUCGCCUCCCACGAAGUGGUCCGGGUUCGAUUCCGGCCCGGUGUCAUGGGUGGGUUGAGUUUGUUGCUGGUUCUCGCCUUGCUCCGAGGGAUUUUCUCCGGGUUCUCUAAUUUUCCUCCCUCCUAAAAAACCAACAUUUACAAAUUCCAAAUCGAUCAGGAUAGUGGUCUCGCAUGAAAACCAGCUAGGGCUGAUGUGGCUUUCUCUCUAAAUAUUAUAAUUUUUUUCAGGGACGAACGUAAAUCUUCCAAAGUUUUCUCUU